AUGUCGACUCCGCAAGCUACUGGGGAGCCAAUGGGUGCGCUGGUGCAGAGCAUCGCGAACCUUGUCAACACCACGGACGCACUGGCAGAGAUUAUCUCUCGCGUUACCAACAACGUCUCGGAAACUUCUCAAGCUGAUGAAGCUUUCACCGUCGCCUUGGUCUAUCUUGAAAAUGUCAGAGGGCAGUUCCUCAACCUCGUCGCAAGCGCACAAGAGGCUGCCAGCUUGAAUCAAGCGACCAAGCUGCAAAUUCAACAGGCGACCAACCAGUUGGAGCAGUCGCGGAAGAAAUUCAAGGACCAGCUGGAGCUGGACUCAAAGGAAAUUGCGGAGCAUAUCAAGAAGCAGUUGAUGCUAACCACAAAAGAAAUGGCGGAAGACUCAAAGAAGAUGGCAGAAAAUGCCAACAGGGCGAUCAUGGAUUCUUCAGGUGCCAUGGCUGAUCAGAUCUACAACCUGGAGUACACUGUCGACGGGUUGGAUCAAUGCAAUGAUGAGGUGCUCACCCAGUCAAAGGAAGUGAAACAGACUUUGGAUCAGACAAAGGAGGCCUUGGUCCAGGCAAAGGAGGUAACGGUACUGACAAUGGAGGAACUCAAGCUCGCCGCAGAAGACAUGAAGCGUGAGCGACUGCUUUUCAAGGACCAGCAUGACCGUCUUGAGCAGAGGAUCAAGGAGAUGCAUCAAUUCCUGGAGGGUAAAGACGCCGAGAGCAAGGGCCUCAAGGCGCUUUACACCAAGCUGAGCUCACACGCAAUUCGCAGUGUCCAAAACGCCACCAACUUCCGCGACGCGCAGUACAAGUUCCUCGUCGAUGGGUUCGCUAGAUUCGAGCAGAAGAUCGCCUUCAUUACUCACCACAUCGGCGGCAGCAACAGCCCGAGCUCCGGCAAAGUCUCAAAUGCCGUCACCACUAACGAUGUAUCCAAGGUUGACAAGGCCAGCAAGAGCCCCAGGACCAACAUGAUGGAGUACAAGAUCACCGAGCUGCAAAAGACUAUCAGAGACCUCGAGUAUGAGCGCGACGUCCUCGCCGGCUCCAAGAAGCUUCUCGAGCUUCGCCUUGCCAAAUUCGAGAAGGAAGCACUCGCUCCCUCCCCGACCGCACCCGUGCAACCCGUCGUCCCGGAUACUCCCUGCCCGACCCUCAAAUCCACCAAAUCCAAGCGCAGCCUCACCGAGGCCGGCGAACUUCUGGCCCAGCUGACCCUCUCGGGCUCAGAGACCACCACCACCACCGCCGUCGCCAGCGCCCGCCCCUCCGUCGAGAGCCUCAUCCAGCCCGACCUAUGGGAACGCCUCAUUUCUCCUGCUCUUCUCUCCGACGAAAUCAAGCGUCGCCUGCGGUUGAUCAAACCGCAAGUAACCGGCGGUCUGCGUCUCGAGACGCUGUUCCUCCGCGUGGUCACCAUCGCCGUCCACGAUCAAGCUUGGGAGAACUUUGGCUCCUUUUUGAAGGAGGGCACUAUUUCGCAGUGGUACUGUAUCGAUGGCCUGGUGAAGAAUGGUUGGCGUGGCUCGGUGAUUUUGGUGGACCACAAGUGCGAUGGCCGCAAGGGAGAAGAGGGGAAGGGUGGCGAGUGCCUGAGGGUUAUGCGCACCCAGUUGGAUUACGGAAAGGUUAAUUUUAGGCAAAGGAACUUUUAA